AUGAUGCUCAAAUUCUUUGUUUUGUGUGCCUUUGCGGCACAACGGGCCUUUUUUGUGGGAGCUGAGCCUCAGCUUUUGCGAAGAUCAAUCUCGAUAUCCAACUCUACAAGUAGCGCAGUUUCGACAUCUUCACACAGCUCUGUAUCAUCUAGCUUCCCAUCUACCUUACCAUCGGCUUCGAUAGCCAGUGUGUUGGAGUCUAGCGUAUCCGUUUCCACAGGCUCGUCUAGUCUUUCAAUUCCGACGGCAUCAUCAGGUUCCGCAAGUUCAACCGAACUAAACACAUCAAUUUCCUCCAUUUCUAAGCUUUCAACGACAUCAUCCAGCUCCUCGACGGUAUCCAGCUCCUCGACGGUAUCCAGCUCCUUGACAACAUCCAGUUUCUCGACAAUAUCCAGUUCAGCCUCCCGGACGGAGAGCUCAACGAAUUCAUCCACCGCAUCCAGCACUUCUUCCGACAGCCCGGUCUGCACUGGGUGUGUGCUCCAGGCCGAUUAUCUUUGGACUCUCACCUAUCCGGAUGCCCCCCUCAGCGUCGAAUCCUAUCUGGCUGGGACGAUUACGACGGUUGAGAGCACAGGAACCGACGACUUAGUAACUACGAUUUUGCUCACCAACUUCGACCCCGGAGCAACUCCAAGCCUGCCUGCAAAUCAGACUGAUGUUCAUCUCACACUGACAUGGACUUGGGAUAAAGCUCCCGAUGUGGCCUUGACGGCCCCGAGCACUUACAUAGCAUAUUACGACAUCAUGGGAGGACUUGAUGUAGGACCAAUAACAGCUCCGCCAGAACCAACGGAGACCGAAUUAAUAUCUUGGAAAAGGCACAAGAAAGAGGAGAAACCUGAGGAUACAUGUACACAAGACGUCCAACCCUUGAAUCUCUUCCCGCCAGAGCAGGGCCAGCCUUUCAUUUAUCCAAUCACAGACGUCUCUCAUGAAGACGUGCCCGUUAUUCUACCACAACCCCUUAUCGCCUAUCUUGCGCAGGUUCCUGCGAUCAUGAGCGCCUUCAACGGCUCCGAUAUAGCUACAUGUACUCUGGAGACUACGGUUAAGGGAGGCCCUAUCACAACGCCUCUUCCCCCACCCCCACCUCCUGAGUCAACUAAGUCGGAAGCCUUUCUUACCAUAGGAGAGCCUUCUCCAACGUCCACAAAGACUCUUGUGACACCUUCAUUCGCUACAGCACCCUCGGUCAUUCAUAUAAGUGCUUCUGAUAUCAGAUCUAAACCAAUGGAGGAGACUGGCCCUGCGAUAAACUCUCCGGUGCUAAAACCUUCGGGAACCCCGAACCCUCCUGGACCUGUCGUGUCAGUCGAGAAUCACAUAUCAGCUGGACCGGGCAAUCCCAAGCCAGCAAGCACCCCGGGCGUUGGAGAGAUAAUUGCAUCGCUGAUACACAACAACCCGUCCAUCUUCAACAACCUACCUCCAAAAACUCAAGAAAAUCGACCGCCUGGUCAUACUGAAGGGGUGAAUCGUCCAGUCAUCACUCCUCCCGUCAAUAACCCUCCUCAAUCCGUAGCAGUUGGGAAUACCGUCGUUCCUGUUGCACCUGCCCCGGUAUCUGGUGGAGGAGUGAUUGUCGGCGGCCAAACUCUCACCCCAGGCCAAGCCACAACUCUGAAUGGCGUGGUCAUCUCUGUUCCUCCCGGAGGCUCUAGUGUGGUGGUUGGAGGUAGCACUAUCGCGGUCAAUCCUGCAAACCCAACCCCUCCGCCAGUACUUACCGUGGGCGGCACAGUCAUCACAGCAAAUCCUAGUGGACAAUUCGUACUAGGCACACAAACUCUUCAGCCAGGUGGUCCAAUUCUAACAGUAGACGGCACCACUUUCAGCCUUGGUCCAUCUGGUACGGUAGCCGUCGUUAAUGGCGUUACGCAAACACUCAACGCCCCUCAUCCAACACUCACGAUUGGUGGCACUGUUAUCACGGCAAAUCCAAGCGGAGAAUUCGUGAUAGGAACCCAGACGCUCAAGCCCGGUGGCCCAGUUUUAACGAUAGACGGCACUACUUUCAGCCUGGGACCUUCGGGCACUGUAGCAGUCGUCAAUGGUGUCACCCAAACCCUGAACGGGAGCCCGCUAAUCACUGCGCCACCAAUCCUCGUUGUCGAUGGGCACACCAUUUCUGCAACCGUAGUGGACGGCACGACCCAGUUCGUUCUUGCGCCGGGUCAGACACUGACACCAGGAGGGGUACUCACAGUUUCCGGAACCACCUUCAGCCUCCCCGCAGGCGCCACGCCUGCUGUCGUGGUGAUCAACGGCGUUACAUCCACCCUGGACAACGCCAUCAUUACCGCAGCACCGUUGCUGACGCUCAACGGUCAAGUCGUUUCCGCCACAGUGGUGGAUGGCACAACGCAGUACGUCUUAGGUCCUGGAACGACGCUCAUCCCAGGCGGUCCGGCUGUCACGGUAUCUGGAACGACAUACAGUCUACCAGCAGGUGCGAGCCUCUUGGUGAUAAAUGGCCAUACCAGUACCGUUGUUCCCGCGAGUGUGAGCGCGACUACUACCGCGGACUCGAAACUAUCUAGUACACGUUCGGGGUCGUCCGGCAGCAUAAGAACGAGCUCAAGCAAGAGUAGUAGCGAGAGUGGCACAAGCACCUCAAACCUCCGAGAUCCAGGCAAUUUCAUCGCGAGCGGGAUUGGAAUUUCGUCGAAACCUAGCCAGGCGCCUGCUGGAAGGGCGGCCGGGUUCGAGGCGAUGGUAGAGGCGGUGUUGAUGGGAGCUGCCGGGUGGGCCGUUGUGUUGCUAUGA